UUUUGAUUUUAGAGUGUAUCAAAUAUGGAUUCAUUAAAUACUGAUGACCAACUAACGAUAGUGAAUCGUGCACAAGAAUACCGUAUUAGUAAAAAACUAAUUAGUAAAAUUCCUUAUUUUGAAAAGAUGUUGAGCCAUGAAUGCUUGGAAUCCAAAGAAAACAAAGUUGAAUUGGAUUUUGAUAAACAAACUUUUGAAAUAAUUCUCAACUGGAUUAGAAGCAAUUAUAGCUUUAUCUUGAUCGAGAUGGAUUACGUAAUGGAUUUGUACGAGUUGGCUGAUUAUUUUGGUCUGGAUUGGAUUUGUAAAGAGUGUAUCGCCUAUUUCAAGGAAAACUUUUCAAUGGCUCAUCUUCCCUUUGUUAUCCCUAAAGCGACUGCAACAUCUAAAUGCAUAAACUCUGGUGCUCUUAAUGCUUUCAUCUGCCGUUAUUUCCUGAAGAUAGCUAAUACAACUUUUUGGUCUAAAUAUCCUGUUGAAACGAUUGAAUAUAUUAAUAUUUGUGCUUUGGACGUGAUGGUCUAUUCAGAAUAUCAAGUUUUCAAUGCAAUCUUGCAAUGGGCCUAUUUCAAGGCACGAUCCCAUUUCAAAAGAUUAUUAAAGCUAGUUCGAUGGUGCCAUUUGAACGAGCAAGACUUAUCUAAAAUAAAAGAAGACGGAUCGUUCAAAUCGUCAGGCUUUGAGCCAAUAUUUUGCGCUCCUCAAAAGGUUAAUUGUGACUGUACCUUCAAUCGAACAAAGCAAAAUUAUCUCGUCAUGAUUGAGAAAUUGGAUGACAAAGAUUUGCUAAUCAAAGUAUUUGACAACAACUUCACACAACUUUUGAGUCAUGCGAUUAAACAGGAUUAUUCAAUCUCCUCAAAUAUCUUCCACGAUGAACAUGUUUCUGACAUUCUUUUCGAAUCCGGAACGGGUCCGCUUCGAAUAGACUGGAAACUAAAUAAAUAUGUGUGGAUGAGCUCUCACGGCUCUUUUAUUGAAUUACUGAAAAGAAUCUAUGGAAACUCCGAACAGGGAACUCAUCUUAACACGUAUUUUGGGAAUACAGAAAAUAUGCAAGAUGGUUUUAAACUUUUAGAAGGAGCCGAAAAUUUUAUUCUGAUUUACCUUAAAGAGAGAGAAAUGCACUAUUUUUCAAGGCCAAUCUACGAAAAUUAUAAUAUGUUUUCGCAUCUAUACCAAUGCAAAGCAACUACUUUGAACAAUAAGAUUUACUUGCUGACAAAUAAACGGAUGUUGUACGAGUUUGAAAUUGGAUAUCGUAUGCUUAAACAGACUUGGAGCCAACGCUUGUGUGAAGAUUGGUUCGUUUUUGACAGUACUCUAUUAACAUCAAGUCUAGCUGGUGAUAAAAUUAUGGUGAUUGAUACAAACACCGCAAAUUAUAUCUGUUUCGACAUCAACACUAAAGCGAGUUCAAAGGGACGCAUGGCUUUGUUAUUGUUUUGUGUCCGUAUAACUAGACUGUUACCAACUUUUCUUCCGUUAAACACCAUCAGAACUUGCUUAAACUCCAAUCGUAACUCAGAGAAUUAG